CUAGCGUCCCAGCUCUCUCCCUCUCCCGCACGAAAGUUGGAAAUCAAACGUUCCAUUCUCCCACCUCUCUCUCUCUCUCUCUCUGUCUCUCUCUUGAAUGGCCGCUAGAUUUUUAUCAGCGCGGCCUCCAUUUUUUUCCGCCAUAGUUAAUGGAAGGCACAGGGCUUCUUCCCAUAUCCGGCCAUUGGCCUCUGCUCUUUCGUGGGAGUCUGAUUCCUCCACUAAGUCACAGAGGAAGCUGAUAAUAUACACAAAGCCUGGGUGUUGCCUAUGCGAUGGCCUCAAAGAAAAGCUUCAUCUUGCUUUCAAGCUUCCGGGGCCUGAUUCUCUCCAUGAUGUUCAGUUGCAGGAAAGGAAUAUAUCGAGCAACCAUGAAUGGGAGAAAGCUUACCAGUAUGAGAUUCCAGUUUUGGUGAGGGUCCUUGCUGAUGGCACAGAGGAAAUGCUUCCAAGACUAUCCCCUCGACUUAAUGCUGAGCUUAUACAGAAGAAGUUAGCAGCUGCACUAAGAUAGCAAAAGACCUUUUAGGGUUCUUAUUGUGCUGAUGAAAAUUCCAACUAUUUCUUACAUUUUUGUUGAUGUAAUAUUUAAUUGAACUUUUUCUCUUAGAGUAAGAACUGCGUGGUUGUAUCUGUUAUAUUGUACCUUGAAUCCGAAGAGUGUGCACAUCUUUCAU